AGGGCGGACGCUGUGGUGAGCUCACGCGCUGCUGCAUGACAACAGGUGAGAGGCGCGUCGCGCUCAGCCGGCUGUGAAGACGGGAUGAGGACAGGAUGGAAACGGAAGGUGAGAGCGGUUCAGAACGACGUGUGGUCUUUGUGUGUCUGUGAGCAGCUGUGUCAGAGCUGUGGUGAAUCCCAGAGAUCCUCAUCCUGUUCUUUCUGCUGUCCAGAGUGGAGCUCCGAGAAGAUAACGUGAAGACAAUCGGAACAAUCCUCCUGAGCCUGGACACGUCCCACAGGGCUCUGGUCUCCCGUGAGAGGAAACUUCAGUCUCUUCUGCCUUCAUUGGUUCAGACUGUGUUUCAUCAACAUGUCGUCUGAUUGGACCUUCACUUCUCUGUGAAGACCUGUUAGCCAAUCAGCUUCUGUCUGGCAGAUUUUUCCUCAGUGAGACUCGGAGAGGUGGCUGCAGCAGAUUCAGGAUCAGCGCUCACAGGAAGGAAGCUCGGUGCGUCCUCACGGCGUUACGCUGGACUUAAAGCCAUCUCCAUCAUGGAGGUGCCCAGGAGGCCUCAGCCCUCCUUCACACAGGUUCUUCCUAAACCGGCUCCUCUGGGAGCUGCAGAGCAGGUCGCAAUGAAAGACUCGAUGAAAAAAAGGCUCCUGCAGAAGGGGGAUGGAACCAUCAAAAAUCAAGCUGGAGAAGAAAAGUUGGAGUCAGGUGUGACUAUAUUGGAGGAGGCUGAAGUUGCAAAAGCUGCUCAGAGAAUCUUAAGAGAUUCCUCUCAGGACAGUUUUGCAGAGGAGAGCUUGUUAUCAGAGGACAGACUGGAAGAGGAGGCAGGAAGGAAGGCUGCAGAGGAGGAAGCAGCAGCUAAGGAGAGGGCAGCCCAGAGACAGCAGCUGGCCAUAGAGGAGCUUGUCACGUCGGAGAGGAGCUACCUGCGACUGCUCCAGCUCAGCACUGUGACCAUCAGGGGCAACCUGCAGCAACUGCAGCCUCCACCAGCCCAGCUGGACAGCAUGUUUCUCUACAUCGAGGAGGUGAUCGACGUGUCGAGCCGUCUUCUCAGUCUGCUGGACCAGAAGCAGCUUCAGCCUGGAGACCCUCACUUCCUGAAGACUCUCUGUGACUCAUUCCUCAGCCUGUCUUCAGACAUUGAGGCGGCAUAUAAGGAAUACCUGGCACACUACAAUCACGUCACGGAGGUGGAGAACAGCUACAAACAGAAGGAGGCUCUCUGGAACGAGAUUGUCGGAGUGAUCAAGGCUGCGGCGCCCGACGUCAACGCCACCUCCCUGAGUUUCUUCCUGGUCAUGCCUGUGCAGCGGAUCGCCCGCUACCCCCUGCUGCUGCAGACCAUCCAGAAGCACACCGACCCCACCCACCCUGCGUACGCCCUGCUGGAGGAGACUGCUCACACCUCCAUCGCCAUGAACUGUCGCAUCAACGAGUACAAACGCUUCCGUGAAGUCGCUGACAAAUACAAGAAGACAGAAACCCUGACCAUCAAGGACAAGAUCAUCCGCUUCAACACCCACAGCAUCGCCAAGAAGACCGCCAGGCUCAGCCAGCAGAUCAAACACGAGGCUGGACUCAAACCCAAGCUGGUGGAUGAGGAAUUUGAUGCCCUGGAAGGUUUCUUUUAUGUUUUGGAAGACGGCAUCCUGGAGCUGCUGGAGGAUGUGGAGACGUACCUGCAGCACCUCCAGGGGUUCCUGUCCUGCAGGACGGAGGACUUCGACUUGGACAUGGAUGGAGAAAAGGCACCGAUUUGCUACAAGGAGAUCAUGACAGCACUCAGACAGUGGAUCCUUCCGACAUUUGAGAAGAGGAUGAGGACGCUGAUCCACAAGCCGCUCUGUGCUCUCCGGGACCUCCUGGUGGGCCCGAGGAACCUGAUCAGAAAGAGACUCGACAAGCUGCUCGACUACGAAGUGAUUGAAGGCAAAUCCAAUCUGAGCUACGAGGAGCAGGCUGUGGCCAACACGUACAGGACGAUCAACACGCUGCUCCUGAAGGAGCUCCCUCAGUUUAACGGCCUGGCUCUGCAGAUAAUGUGGAGCACACUGGGGACGUUCAGCUGUUUGCACAGAGACCUGGCCUCAGACAUGGAGCAGCUGUUUCACAGCUUUGCACAGCAGCUGCCUCACAGUGGCCUUCCUCCUGGUGCAUUCUGGGAGUGGGCGGAGUCCGCGGUGCUGGAAGGAGCGAAGAGGCUGCAGACUUUAUGUCACACUGUGGAGGAAAGGCUCAAUGCGCCGGCCGUCCAGCCUCUGAGCCCGUCCUCUCAGCGCCGUCUGAAGCAGCUAACAGAGAAGCACGGCUCUGGAAAGAUCUUCCAGGUGAUGGGUAUGGUCGUAGGCAGUCGGGAACUGGACCUGAACCUGACUAAGGGGGAACUGGUGGCCGUGAUCAGCGAGGCUGACACCCGUGGCGAUAAAAGAAGAUGGCUGGUCGAUGCAGGAGGGAAGCGAGGCUAUGCGCCUGCCUCGAAGCUCAUUCGCUAUCACCAGCCAACAGAUGACCCGCCCCCUUCACCGCACCCAACCCUGAUAGAAGGCGUGUCCACGGUCAGAAGACACUCCCACAACCCAGAGACCCACGCCCCACCAGUCAUGAGUCAGCCUUGCUUCCAGGUUAUGGGCUAUGAUUUCACGGCCAGGUCGAAACAUGAAGUUUCUGUUCGGGUCGGAGAACUUGUUCGUAUCCUGGAGCGUCACGACAAACGAGGGAAACCCGAGUGGACCCUGGUGGAGACCAGAGGGGGUCAGAGAGGCUACGUGCCCUCCAACUACCUGGCAUUCUUGCCCAUGGGGAUGGGGCUGCCCGGGGGCUACAACUGCUUCUUCUAGGAUGGAAGAGUGGAAGCUGGAGCUGCUUCUUAGACAGGAGCAUGGAACGCCAUCCCGUCCAGCAGCUAUUCAUAUUUUCAGUGUUAAUCAGACGUCACAGCUACGAGGCCUUUGUGUGAGCACUAAAACGGAAGUUCUUUAACCUGUUACAUUCAUGUUUACAACUGGAACUGUACAGUUUCUCCUCGUUGCUUUUCCUGCAUCCACUUCCUGUGCAGACCGCUGCAGCGAGGUUUCAGGACCAUAAGGAAAAAUGAAGUUUACUGACUUUAGCUUUAAUAAUGAAGGGCUUGUGAGGGGAUUUCUGCACUAAUGUGAAUACAGAAAUAAUCAGCUGUAACCCCCUAACUCUACUAACACUUCAUGUGAAGAUGACCAUCUGACUGUCAUGUCAUGAAGCUGCUGGCUGAAGUGGAUCCAAAGUCAGGAAGCAUUUAUGCUUCUUUUUGUGUUACUGAGGAAGAUGAACCUCUGACAAUCUGAACAUGUGUGUUUUCAGUCUGUGGCACAGCAAGGACAUGAAGCUGAUGGACGCUCGCGGUGGCUUUAGGCUGAAGGACGAACCAGAGACACGAGGAGACCGCUCAUUUCCCAUGAUUCUCAGAGAGGAACGCUGCAUGCCCUCAUUAGAGGAUCUCUGUGUUAUCAAGCUAACUGUAACACACAGAGAGCAGAGAGUGUGUGUGUGUGUGUGUGUGUGUGUGUGUGUGUGUGAGUUUCCUCUUCCUCACCUGGAGGCAGGAGCAGCCCUGCAUUGAGACUGACAGGUACACGGUGCUCUCAUCAUCUCAGACUGUGUAAUGUGAUGUAAAUGUAAAAUGUCUCCGGGGCCGAGGAAGAGCAAGACACAGGAAGAGGAGGAGGAGGAGAUGCAAAGAGAGAAGAAGGAGUUCAUCCUCGGAGAGGGAGUGAAGGAGAACAGACUGCAGCAGAGGGCUGCUCUUAUUUCCCUCUCUGCGUAUAAGCUGAUUUAAAUUUGCUGGAGGUUGGUGUUUUCCUCCCUGUUACACGGAAACCUGAAUUUCACAUAGAGAGCCAUGAAAGGGGUCAGCCAGGACCGAAUCACCUCCUCCUGUAUUUAUACUCACCUGAGAUGCUUGUUGCUAUGGAUACGGCUCAGGUCAUGUCUGUGGCAUUUCCUCGAGUCGGCCGGACUGAAAACGUGGAGCUGCAGCAGAGUUCAUGUGAGGGCCUCUCCUCCACAUUUGAGUUGCACACUUUAAACUUUUUGGGGCUCCUGCCAGUUCAGUUAUCAGGAUGUAAACUUAUAUCGGAGUUAAGGGUUUAUCUGCAGUUUAUCUGCACAUAAUAGCAGCUUUAGCCAUUAAUCACCAUAAAAUUUAUGGCCUUCCUGUUACAGGAGGGUCUUUUUCUGUGGGAUUGUGCAGCAUCAGCUGCUGUG